AUGGAAGGAGGUGAAGGCCCAGCAGGGGACCCCAUGUCUUGCUCGGGUGACGAGGACGGAAGGGAGCUAGGCGAGGUGUCUCCCGCGUCGGGAGUACAGGGCGACGAGGAGGAGGAACUGGGGGAGUCCGGCGCACCAUUCUCUGGAAGAUCCGUAGGAGGAGGCUCGGGCUCUGCAGAGAAGAGGACCCCCUCGUCGUCAUCUGGAACAGUAAGCGGAGCAGGGAGGAACCGCGGGACAGGCACCGUGCCAGCAAGCUUUUGGAAGGGAAGAACAGUCUCGUCAAAGACCACAUCACGGGAUGUGAAAAUGCGCCGAGUAGAGAGCUCAUAG